AUGGGUCCCCGCGGCAUGGCGGGGCGACGGGGCGUGGGUACAAUGGUCGUUGUCGGCGUGAGCUUCUGCCUGCUCUGCGCCGCGACGUGCGCCUCGGCGAGCGCGGCGCCGCAGCUUCCCCUGUACUUCCAACAAGCUACGCUCGACCUCGACGCCGGGCUCGUUCAGAUUCGAAUAGUCAACGCCGGCUGCGACGACGAGGCCUUCGACCUGGCCCGUGCGCGUGUUGCAGCCGCGGGCGUGGCCGAAGCCACCAUGUACGGCCUCCCGGCGUCCCCCGCGGCGCUCCAGCUGUCCGGGUCGCUUGGCCCCGGAGAAUCCUUCACGGUCUGCAGCCCCGGCGCCCGGCCAAGCCCAUGCAACGUAACGAGCGACGUGCUCAGCGGCCCGCGCGGAGAGCCGCGUGCGUUCGCGCUGGUCGUUGACCGGCACAUCGCGGACGUGAUGGGAGGCACGGCGCUGCCGGGGCUGCUGCCGGCGACCCCGCUCGAGCUGUCGCGGCUGCAGCCUGACGCGACGGACAUUCGGCACCUGUCCGCGCUCUCGGCGUGGCACCCGGACCCAUCGACGUGGACCGUGCGCACGGGCGUUGCAGACCACGAGGCCUUCCGUGAGGCCCCGUCCUGCUCAGCGGUGCGGGUCGCAGGAUCGUGCGCUCUGCGUUGCAACGCGUCGACGGUGGAUGCCACGCGCAGCACGCCGGCCGCGCGCUCCGUGCGCAUCGCGCACCUGCACGCGAACUACACGGACCAUCUCGACAUCUGCGUACCGGUGCGGUCGGCGGCCCUCGCACCGGCGCAGCAACAGGAGUACCAGACAUACGGCGUCGUUGUUCUUGCAAACGACGACUGGGCGUACAUCCAGGACGGCUCGGGCCCCGGCUCGGGGCUCAAGGUGAACGUGCGAACCCUGCCGGCCAGCGGCGGUGUGCCGCCGCGCGGAGCCGCCGUCGCCGUCAGCGGCACGGUGGAUGUGUCCUGGCCCGAGGGCCUCUACAUGAACGCCAGCAGCUGGCAGAGCAUGAGCAGCCUCUCCAUGACAGGCGGUCUCUCGGUCCCGCUGCCGCGCCCGCUCUCGACGCUGAUGCGCGCGCCCGACGGCUCGCUGCGCGGCCUCUGCUUGCUGACGUCAGCGGACCAGCACCCUGCAGCGCACCAAGGCGCGCUCGUGUCGCUCCCCGGGACCGUGCGCGCAGCCGGCGAGGCCGGCCGCACCGUCGGCGUGCUGGACUGGCAGGACGGCGCCUGGGUGCUCCUGCCGGUGACGGAGACGGACCUGCGACAACUGCAGCGCGCUCACAGCGAGGCGGCGGGGCUGCUGGUGGCGGCGCUGGAGCGCAGCGCGCCGCCGGCGGUGUUCAGCAUGGACGGCCCGGACGCGCCGGUCGAGGGCGUCGAGGCGGACUUGGGCGGCGCGAUUCGGCGCACAGGAACACCACGCGAGCCCUGGCAGUGCCAGGGCGUUGGCGACCAGCGCACGCUGACCGGCGUCGUCACACACGUCGACACAGGCGCCUGCGGCGCCGCGGCGUCCCCGAGCGCCGAGGCGACCUUCUGGCUACAGGACUCCGGCGCGCCGGGGUCCGCGGUGCCCGUGCGCCUCCCGUGCGCUAUGGCCGGCCCCUACCACGCCAGCAGCGGCCUGCUCCCCGAACAGGCCGAUAUCGUCACCGUCGCGGGCGUCGAGCUCCUCCGAGGACCCUCACAGCCACCGACGCUCACCAACGUCUCGUUCGUCGCCGUCCAGGCCCGCGAUGCCGUCGCAGCGCUCGCACGCAUCUCGUUGACGCUCCCGUACGACGCUCUUAUGACGCUGCCGUACGCGGCGACGGCGGACGCGGCAGCGCGCAGCGGCUGCGCGAACACCCUUGCCGCGGCGUACGACGGCAUGCGCGUCCUCGUGCCGCGCGCGAGCGCCCCGGCAGCCCCCUCUGCUCACGAUCAGGUUCUGAGGAGUGCCCUGGGGGCUGCGGCGGCCGUGCAGCCGAGCGGCGCGGGGAGGGACCUGCGAGGGAUCCUGCGCGUGACGGACGCAGGCGCAUGGGUCCUCGACACCGACGCGGGCGACAGAAUCGCCCUGCCAAGGUCGGAGACCUUGACCGUCGUCGAUGACGCGCCGCCGCCCGUGUGGGACGUGCCGCCUUCGCCCACGCGGACGCCGGAUGCGCGGACCGAGGCGCCGCGCGCCUCCGUGAAGCUCUUCGGGAUCCGUUGGCGGGCGUCACUGGCGUACGUGCCCGUCGCGGUGGCCUUCGCGGUGGGCAGCAUCGUCGCGUUCGCGCUCACGCUGGCGCUCGUCGACGCUCGGAAGCCGGCGGAGUCGUCGGCGAGGCACGUCGAUGUCGCGGCUGCUGCGCCGGCGAGCCCGGGCAUGAACGGACCCGCGCGCGGCUUUUCCGGCGUGAUGCCCGCCAGGGAGGACGGCGAGCCGUGA